AUGAGUAUGAUGGGUAAGUUAAAUUUCUUUCUUAGUUUGCAAAUUAAGCAAACUGAAGAAGGGAUCAUGAUCCAUCAACAAAAGCACAAAAAGGAACUGAUCAAGAAAUACAAGCUUGAAAAUGCUAAGAACAAUAGAACUCCUAUGGGUGUUGUAACUAAGCUUGAUGAAGACUUAUCUGGAACUUGCAUAGAUCAAACUAUAUACCGAGGUAUGAUUGGCUCUCUACUUUACUUAACAGCUAGUAGACCUGACAUAUCUUUUAGUGUAGGUGACUUGGUCAAUAGAAACAGCACUUCAGGUAUGGUACAGUUUUUAGGACUGUGUUUAGUAUCUUGGGGUUCCAAGAAACAAAACACAGUUGCAUUAUCUACAGCUGAAGCUGAAUAUAUAGCUGCAGCAGCAUGA